AUGGGCCUGCGCUGGCUGUGGAGGCACCGGGUGAGCGGUUUACUGCUGGUGUUGGCGCUCUUACUGCUCCUCACGCUCCUGGCCACACACUCACUGCAGACCAACAGAACCCAUGAACUGAGACCUACAGCGGACAGAAGGAACGAGAGAAAAGCUGCUGAGAAACACUCGUCACCACUCACUCCAAACACACACCAACCGCCUAAACACAAACCGACAGCCAGAGCUGAAGGGCGAAGAGCGCAUCCACCCGUUGUCUUUCUGAAGACUCACCGGACCGGCAGCAGCACGGUGCAGAACAUCCUGUUUCGAUUCGGGGAACGAGAGAGUGCCACAUUCGCCUUUCCCUCCCGCACGUACCAGUUUAACUACCCAGACAGGUUCAAAGUGGCGUUUGUGGACGAGCUGCCUGAGGGUUCAUCUCAGUUUGACUUGCUUUGCAGUCACAUGCGUCUGGACCUGAGGGAGGUGAGGAAGGUGAUGCCCCAGAAUGCUGUCUUCAUCACACUGUUGCGAGACCCAGUCAAGACCUUUGAGUCGCUCUUUGGGUACUACACCUCCAUCGUCCCAGCCUUCGUCAGCGCGUACCGAGCUGCCGCCAACAAAGGCAAAUCUGCCCUCGCUGUGUUCCUGGACUCUCCGGAGACCUUCUGGGACCCGAAGGAACCUUGGAAUGGCCUGGCCAAGAAUCCAAUGAGCUUCGACAUGGGGCUCAACAACCAGAAGUGGAACGGCUCCUGGCCAGAGCACUUGGCGCAACUAGAAGAAGCAUUUCACCUGGUGAUGAUUGCAGAGCACUUUGAUGAGUCCCUGGUUCUCCUGGGGGCUCUUCUUGGACUAGAGCAUGAGGAUUUGGCUUACCUUCGGCUCAACGCUCGUGCUGGAAACAGUGUGACGGAGCUGGACAAGAACAUGCAGGCAAAAAUGCGAUCGUGGAACGUGCUGGACACACUCCUGUAUGACUUCUUCGUACAGGUGUUCUGGGAGAAGGCGAAUCAGUUUGGGCUGAACAAGCUGAAAGCGGAGGUGACACGGUUCAGGGCCUCUAUGGAAAGUACUCGGCAGAAAUGCGUGUCCAGGGCUGAGGUUUCUCCGGGAGAGCUGGAGGACCUGCUACGGCCAUGGCAGACAGAGACAACCACCAUCGUGGGAUACGAGGUGCGGGGGAACCUGUCGCUGCAGGAUCAGGGGUACUGCAUUCGGAUGAUGCUGCCUGAGCUUCAGUAUCACUCGCACUUGUACUUCAAGCAGUAUGGUAGAGAUAUGAGAGCCGCUCCGGCCGACUGA